AUGCCAGUCAUGGCAAUCUUCCGGAUCAGGCAAAUUAUCCGGAUCAUAUCCCGCUGGCCCCAAUUGGUGGCCAACUCAAUUUUCGAGCGCAACCUGAUGGCGACCGCCAAGCUCGCGGACCACUUCAAGAAGACGUCGCCGGCGCCGCCGCCCGGCUUCCAGUUCUCCUUCCAGACAGACGCGCCCGCACCGCCCAAGAAGCCGACAAAGAAGGCAGCGGCGACGACCGUUGCCGACGUGGCGACGCAGCUCGAGGCAGUCACGGUCGCCGACUCGAGCGCGCCGUCCAGUGCGAGUACCAAGAAGAAGAAGCCAAAGAAGAAGAAGAAGAAGACGAAGACGGCGCCAGCAGUUGUGGACGCGCCAGUGGCGGCGCCCGCGCCGGCAUCGUCCGAUUUUCAGUUCCUCUUUAGCUUUGACAAGCCUAGCUUUUCCGAGGCCGAGCUCGCCGAAUUGGCGCCCGAGCCGACAAAGAAGAAGAAGCCCGUGAAAGCAUGGGCCAAGCAGAAGAAGCCGGCGCCGGCGCCCAUCGUGCCCGAGCCCAAGGACCCGUCGGGCACGACGACCUUUGUGACGCUUCGAAAAGCCACCGACAACUCGUCCGAAGUUCAGAAAAUGCAGCUGCGCUACGGCAAGGGCAAGCGCAUCGUCGCGCACCCGGUCAAGAAGAAGCCGCUGUCGGAAGGCAGUAGUAGUGCGGACGCGACCUUCAAGUUUAACUUUUGA